UUCUUAGUUUCUUUGCAUUGAUUUAAUACAUGAUCUUUUAGCUCACCAAAGUUUCUCAUUUUCCAUCUUCUGAAGUCUAAUUCCGUCAUUUCGUCACAGUCAUUCUCCGUCCAGCUUUGCUCCCUUGCUGGUGAGGAGUUUUGGUCCUUUCUAGGAGGCGAUGUGUUCUGGUUUCGGGUGUUUUCCUCCUUUUUGCGCUGGUUUCUUCCCAUCUUUGUGGAUUUGUCCGCUGGUCGUCUGUGUAGUUGCUGACUUUUCUAUUGGGUCUCUGAGUGGACACCCUGAAUGUUGAUGAUGAAGUAUUUCUGUUGCUUGGUUUUCCUUCUACCAGUCUAGCCCCUUCGCUGUACGACUGCUGAGGUCCGCUUCAGACCCUGCUUGUCUGGGGUGCACCUCUAGCAGCUGUGGCACAGCGAGGGAUGCUACCAGUUUCUUUUUCUGCUAUCUUUGUCCCAGGAUGGUGCCUGCCUAAUGUCAAUCUUUUGGAUAUAGAGGGGUCAGGGAGCUGCUUGAGGAGACAGUUUGUACUUUAUAGGGGUUUAAUUGCUGAGCUGUGAGCUGUGUUGUUCAUUCAGGGCUGUUAGGCUGCUAUGUUUGAUUCUGCUGCAACAGAGCUCAUUUAAAAAACUCUUUUUUUUCUCAAAUGCUCUGUGUUGAGGGGUUUGGGCUUUAUUUUUGGAUGUCCGUUGAGGUCCUGCCCAGCUAGGAUGCAGACUAGCCACUGUUUGCCUGCCGAGGCUCCGCCCUGCUGUUGCGAGGCUCGCCCUGGCUCCGCUGUUCUGCUGUUCUCCGCCACGCCCUGCGGCGGAGUCUCUCUGUAGCAGCGUGUUGCCUCGGCAAUGGCUGGCUGCGUCAGCAGUGGGCGUGUAUCUCAGUAGGGACGGGUUGCCUCGGCAAUGGCUGGCUGCAUCAGCAAUGGGCGUGUAUCUCAGUUGGGGCGGGUUGCCUCGGUAAUAGUGGCCGCCCCUCCCCCUCAGAGCGUCUCGGGCCGUCUGCACGGGGCUUGUUUGAAAUCGCGGUUUUGUUCGUCCCACUGGGCCAAUCCUAACGCUCUGUUCCUGCAAUCCCCUGGGCUGGUCCACUGUGCAAGUCUAGCUCAGUCUCAAGUCCAGCCCUCUCACGUCUCCGGUUGCCGGUUCAUUGGGGCACCCGGACAAGCGUGCCCUGCGGGGAGCGCUGGGUAGGGCCGGCCGCCGCCACCCCGGCUGCCGGCUUCGCCAGGCGGAAUAUCUGCCUGGCAUCCCGAGUCUCCUCUUCACUUGGGAAUUUCCCCGUUCCGUGGGCAACAAAGAUCAGUCUGGAAAUGCAGCUCAGACUCACCUCUCCGCCGACACAACGAGAACUCCAAUCCUGGGUUGUUCUCACAGCGCCAUCUUGAGUCCUCCCCCCCAAAAAUAAUGUCUUAAUAACUUCUGUAUUAAUAGUGGAGUUUAAUGUGAGAAGUUAGGUGCUUAUAAAAUUAUUUCAAGUAUAGAAGACCAUUAUUCAUGCUGGGCAUCUAUUAUAGAAAUUGUUGCCAGAAAAACACUGUAGAACUAACCUGCUAAGUGACUGAUCCCUGCAAUAACCAGGAGAGGGCAAGAAGCACUUUCCCAGGUCUUGGCUCAGGGAACGAUCAAUCAGCCAUGGUCUGUCAUGAAGAGAAUUGUAGAGAGUGCCUCUCAUGUUAUUCUCUCUCUUUCAUUAUUUUUUCUAAAUUAGAUUUUGCAUGAGUAUAUUAUAUGUAAAAAUAAAAAAUGUUUAUGUGGGUAAAAGACAGAAAAAUGCUGAAAAUAUGUCUAUCAUAGAUAGAUGUGGAGAUUAUUUUCUGCACAAUUAAAAGGUUUGCAUGUAAAUUGAAUAUUUUCUCCCUACUCAAAGAUUAUAUAAGAGCAUCCAUGCAUAAAAAAUUAAAGUAAAAAGUAUUAAAGAAAUGGAUAUAAAUGAUAAAAUGUUUAUUUAAUACAUAAAUAAUUUGCCUAAAUGAAUAUGAAAUAGGUAGAUAGAAGGAAAUAUGAGCAAUGAACAAAGGAAAAAAUAAAAAGGCUUAUAAACAUGAAAAUAAUUUUAUCCUUAAAAAUCAACCAUAGAAAUAAAAACCACUGAUUUUGAUUAGCAUGUAGAAAAAUGUUGCUCAUGUAUUAUCAGUCAAAAAGUACGGAAUAGAGAGAGGUGCCAGAAGCAGCUAUCAUGUGCCACUCAUGGAGAGGGAGACACGUGGUGAGAGUAAACACUAGCUCUUCUAGUGGAUUGUCCAUGAGGCCAUGUUAGGAUACAUCAAGGAAGCAACCGCAAUCCAUGGACAGCAGAAAGGAGCCAUGCAGGAAAGCAGUCCACCCAGGGUUGGCAUAGAGCCAGGAGAGGCUCCCAAACAUAAGAAGGGGAUGAGUAAGAACCUCUUGGGACCCACACCUCUGCCAUGGGCCUUAGCAAUCCUAGCACAGGAGAUCUCCCAUGAGCCCGGAGGGCCUCCAGACCAACACAGAGAGAUGACUGGAGUUUGGGCAGAGCUGCAGCUAGGCCUACCUGGAGCUCCAUGGGCCUUGGGGCCCUGAGCACGUUGGUGCCAGCUGCUAUAGUCUCACCAGCAAGACAGGUCAGCUCUCUCGCCUGUCCCUAGAAUAGGGGCUGUAUACAUGGUGCUGAGGAGCGGACUGACUGCAGGCCCUGCUUGCUUCAUCGCUCCAGGCAAAGCCCACUGGCCGGGGUUCCCCACACAGCCACCCUGCUUCCACCUGAACACCCAGGCCAGUCAGAGGUCUCUAUUUCUUCGGGAAGGAACUCCCAGCUGUCAACAAUAGGCCUGAGAUUUCUGGUGCUGUGGUCUCCACAUACUGUUCUGUGGCUGGGGAGAGAUCCAAGAUAGCACAGGAGCUAUCCUAGACCUUCCGCAUUGCAGCUGUCAUACGGACAGCUGUCACAGAGAAAAGCGGCCACACUGUUUCCACGCGGGUCCCUGUCCCAGCUACUCCUCACUGGGCAGGGCCUCCCAGCCUGAGGUCUCACCACAACUGCCCCACCUGUACCUGAUCUUUCAUUCUGUGGUGGCCCCGAGUUUCUCUGGGGUAGAGCUCCCAGAAACAACCGACAGGCUCUCUGGCGUCAAUCAUCACCUCAGUGUAGGGCCCUUGUUCCCCCCAGGCUAAGUAGGGAACAAAGAGCCUGACCGCAGCCGUCCGAGGGAGAGAAGGCCAGAUUGUCUUCCCUGCAAACCUCUGACCCCUGCUGUUCUUCACUAGACAGGGCCCAGAUAUGAGUGUUUGUUUCAUAUCUGCCGUUGCUACCGCCAAGAUACCGCCCCCUACUGUCUUCUCAAGCUGGGGAGGGAGUAAAAAGCCCGAGGUCGCCCCAGGUCCAACACUGGAGCGGGAAGAGAAACACACACUCUCCAAGCACUGAGAAGGGUAACCGCGUGGUUUCCUGGGCUGCUGUGGAGCGGGGCACUCCUGCCUCCGCAGGACGAGCCUGGAAAAGGUGUGGUCCAUCUCCCUGCCGUGGCCUCAGCCUGAGGAAGCCCCGCAGCCUGGAACACCCAGCAAAACAAAUGAGGAUGCGGUGCUAGCGAUCGGAGGGGGUUCCCCCGAAGCUCGGGAGCGGACCUGGUGAAGGGGUCACUUCUCUCCCCGUGGUGCCGCAGACCAGGGCUGUAGAUGUGAUGAAGUACAAAUGAACCACAGGCCUGAGCAAGGGCCUAUCUACCAUCCAUUACUCAAGCGACAUCUACUGGAGUGCAGCCAAAACUGCUACAACACAAAAAAUACUUUGCUACUAUCGUCCAGUGAAAUCAAGGGAAAGAAUCCAGCCACAAAUAAAAGACACUGCACAAAGCCUUGGCUAUCUGAAAACAUCCACAAACAAAGCCAACUGACUAUACUCAAAUUACACCACAGGUAAAUAAACCAAUGCUUCCAGAUGAGAAAGAACCAGUGCAAGAAUGGUGGAAAUUCAAAAAGCCAGUGUCCCCUUAUCUCCAAAUGAGUCCACUAGAUCCCAAACAAUAAUUUCUUUUUCUGCUUUCCUUAUUUAUUUGUUUUAGGAUAACUUUUAAUUUUAAUUAUUUAACGUUUAGGUUCAGGGAUACAUGUGCAGGUUUGUCAUAUAGGUAAAUUGCUUGUCAUGGGGGUUUGGUGAACAGAUCUAUCACCUAGGUAAUAAAUAUAGUCCCUGAUAUAAAGUUUUCUGAUCCUCACCCUUUCCCCACCAUCCAGUCUCAACUAGGCCCAGCUAUUUCCUGUUCCUUUCUUUGUGUCCAUGUGUAGUCAAUGUUUAUCUCCAAUUUAAAAGUAAGAGCAUAUAGUAUUUGGUUUUUUGCUACUAUGUUAGUUCACUUAGGAAAAUGGCCUCCAGGUUCAUGCAUGUUGCUGCAAAGGAUAUGAUUUCAUUCUUUUUUAUGACUGCCCCCUCCUUCAAUAGAUAGGCAAGCGGCAUUAGAAGGGGAGCUUUUAGCCUGCCUGGUAGUGCAAGAUUGACAAGGCAAUCAGGUACAUAAAAAGAUAAGGAAAAGCAUUAGAAGGUAGAAUCCCCUAAGCUUGACCACUUAGCUCUCUGGCUUCAGCCCCCUUUCUAGGGAAGUGAAUGGUUCUGUCUUGCUGGCCUUCCAGGCACCACUGGGGUAUGAAAAAAAAAAAAAAAAAAAACCUCCUGCAGCUACCUCAGUGUCUGCCCAAAUGGCUGCCCAGUUUUGUGCUUGAAACCCAGAGCUCUGGUGGUGUAGGCACCUGAGAAAAUCUCCUGGUCUGCGGGUUGUAAAGAUCAUGGUAAAGUGCAGUAUUUGGGCCAGAAUGCACCAUUUCUCAAGCACAGUCCCUCACGGCUUCCUUUGGCUAGGGGAGGGAGUUCCCCAACCCCUUGUGCUUCCUGGGGAAGUGACACCCCACCCUGCUUCUGCUUGCCCUUCCUUGUUGCACCCACUGUCUAACCAGUCCCAGUGAAAUGAGCCGGGUACCUCAUUUGGAUAUGCAGAAAUCACCUGCCAUCUGCAUUGGUCUCACUGGGAGUUACAGACCGAAACUAUUCCUAUUCGAUCAUCUUGCCAGCAACACUCUAAAGUUUGGUGAAGCCUUUAACUGAAAAAUUUGUGUGUGUGUGUGUGUGUGUGUGUGUGUGUGUGUGUAUAAUUAGACUCAAAUAUAUAUAUAUUUUCCGUCAUCCUAGCCCUGUUGCUUUUUUGGUACAAAGCAAUAACCUCUCAUUUUUAAAUUUAUUUUUCUCCUUUUGCAUUUUAUUAUAACAUGUAAAUUAACUUACUCACAACUUCUGUUUACUUCUGGACUAAUAAAUAUGUUUCUGAAUAGGGUUCUGUUUUAUUAACAAUAGGGUGUUUGUUUUGGAACUAGAAAGUAACUCAGCUUGACGUUAUGUGGCACAUUUAAAAGAGUUUAGUUGUUGCAGAGCUCUGGUACUUUUCUUUCCCUUAUUUAGUUGAUAACGAAUAUAGUUUACCUAAUAACUCCCUUUGGAAGCAUUCAGUGGGUCAUGGUAGUCUCAAAUCCCAAAAGCACUUUCUUCUUUACAAUAGAGAGAUUUUAAAAUCUAACUUUCCUCAUGUGACAGCGAACAUUUAUGAACAGUGUCAAAAAUGAUCAGUCUUACUAGGAGGGGGAAGAUGGCUACUUUGUGAGAGUAACAUAAGAUCGCCGAAGACUUAAAUUUCUGGAGGUCUUCAUACUUACAAGAAACAAAAAGAAAGGGACAAUAGAAAAAAAACUAUUGCAACUAUUUUACUUGUUCACCUGAUAUCUUAAAUUGCAGUUGAAUAGAUUGGUCAGAGUUUUAUCAGGAAUAGCCAAAGACUAAGGUCUAAAUUCAGCAGUGGGGCACUAUGCACUCUCUCUUCUGAUAGAUCUCCAUCAGCUUUUAAUGCUUGGGAUUACUUUAAUGGUGAACAAAGCCUUUAAUUCUGUUAUAAUUUCAGUAGCCUCUAGAGAGUUGACAUCUGGUAUAAAACCAAAUAUCACACAAAUGACUGAUAUGUAUUAUUUUCCUUAUUAAAUAUGGAAGAAAAGAGAGGCAGAUGCAGAAAUGGUAGGCUAAAAGCUCUAGAGAAAAGCUUAACUGAUUUUAUGAUUUUGCAGAAGGCCAGGGAAAUGGAAAGCAAGAACAGAACAGUGAUAACAGAAUUCAUCCUUCUUGGUCUGACCCAGUCUCGAGAUAUGCAGCUCCUGGUCUUUGUGCUGAUCUUAAUUUUCUACUUUAUCAUCCUUCCUGGUAAUUUCCUCAUCGUUUUCACCAUAAGGUCAGACCCUGGGCUCACAGCCCCACUCUACUUCUUUCUGGGCAACUUGGCCUUCCUGGAUGCUUCCUACUCCUUCAUUGUGGCUCCCAGGAUGCUUGUGGACUUCCUCUCUGAGAAGAAGGUAAUCUCCUACAGAGGCUGCAUCACUCAGCUCUUUUUCUUGCACUUCCUUGGAGGAGGGGAGGGAUUACUCCUUGUUGUGAUGGCCUUUGACCGCUACAUCGCCAUCUGCCGGCCUUUACACUAUUCAACUGUUAUGAACCCUAGAGCCUGUUAUGCAAUGUUGUUGGCUUUGUGGCUUGGGGGUUUUGUCCACUCCAUUGUCCAGGUGGUCCUCAUCCUCCGCUUGCCUUUUUGUGGCCCAAACCAGCUGGACAACUUCUUCUGUGAUGUCCCACAGGUCAUCAAGCUGGCCUGCACCGACACGUUUGUGGUGGAGCUUCUGAUGGUCUUCAACAGUGGCCUGAUGACACUCUUGUGCUUCCUGGGGCUUCUGACCUCCUAUGCAGUCAUUCUGUGUCGUAUACGGGGGUCUUCCUCUGAGGGGAAAAACAAGGCCGUGUCCACAUGCACCACCCAUAUCAUUGUUAUGUUCCUCAUGUUUGGACCUGGCAUCUUCAUCUACACACGCCCCUUCCGGGCUUUCCCAGCUGACAAGGUGGUUUCUCUCUUCCACACUGUGAUCUUUCCUUUGUUGAAUCCUGUCAUUUAUACCCUUCGCAACCAGGAAGUGAAAACUUCCAUGAAAAAGGUGUUUAAUAAGCACAUGGCCUGAAAAAAGGGCAAAAUAAAAGAAUAAAAAAAGACUGUAGAAUUUUAUCUGAAAUUGAUUUGUUUAUGGAAAUUGAUUUGUUUAUUUCCAAGUACUGCAAUCAUUGAACACAUCCCAUUUGUCAGGACUAUCCUAGGAACAGAAAAAAGAAAUAUGAAUGAGAGAUAAGUUCUGUCUGCUAUCCAAGUGAUUCAACCUAGUAAAAGAAACAUUGAAAAGACGGAUGAGGUUUGUCUGCUCUCCAAGAGAUACAACCUAGUAAAAAUAGCCGUUAAAGUAGAAAAUAAAACAGCAUAGUUUCAGGAGGAGAUACUGCUCUGUAAAAAUGAAAAAGAAAAGUGAAAUGAUAGAUUGUGACUCUGAAUUGGGAGUAACCAGUUUGCAUUUAAUCAUCAAAAAAGGCCUUCUUGAGGAGCUGACAUUUUGGAUCAUAUCUGGAUAAACUGAAGGAGUAAACAUGCAAACAUUUGAGUCUAUAGUAUUCUAGACAGAGGGCACAGGUAGUGCAAAAACUCAAAGAUGGUAAUGAACUUGGUAUAUUUGAGGGAUGCAAUAAAGUUCAAGUUACCUGGAAUAUAGUAAUUUAAUGUGAAAAUGAUUAGACUUAAAUUUGGAGAUACUGGUAGUGUCUAAAACAUAUGGUCUACAUAGUAAUUAUGAGUUUUAAUUUUAUUACAGUUGAAAUAAGAAAUCAUUCUGUUACUUUAAGCAGAAGAAUGAUUCCUCUACUGAAGGUUCAUAAAUGACUCAGGGCUACAAACUCAAGAUUCUGUGCAGAUAUCAAAGCAUUGAAAAAUAUCAUUGAGAGGAAAUAUUAUACUUGUAAGUAUACUUUGAAAGGUAUUAAACUACCAAUAUUUCUUCCAUAAAUAAGCAAAGAAUGGCAAAAGAAAGCUGGUUACUUUUAUUGAAAAAGGUCACAAAAUCAUUUUACUUCGUUUUUUUUCUAGAGUGUCAUUAUUAAUCCUAGCAAAUUUAUAUGACUUUCAGCUGUAUGUUUGAUCUUAUUGCCAGUUGAUUUCACUAUAAGUACAAUGAUGACUGUCCUUUGGUAGACCAAUUAGGAUUCUGUGUCAGAGAAGAAAUCAUUCUAGUGAUAUAUAUUUUUUUACAUAUUCUGGGUACAAUAUAUUCACUUGAUCUUAGCCAAAAGGCUGAGAAGCAAUUAUAUAUAUAAUCCAAUAUACAAUAUAUUCAGACAAAUACAAUAUAUCCAGAUGUAUGUCUUGCACACAUUUUCUCUCAGCCUAAUAGCUUGACUUUCAUUUUCUUAAUGGUUGGAUGUUGAAAGAACAAGUUUUAAAUUUUGGUAAGUCCACUUUGUUAAUUUCCUUUAAACAAAAAUUAUUUAAUAUAGGGAAUUAAGUAUUCACAAAAUAGCUGGAAACUCUAAAAGAGCAGACUACAGGCUGGAUUGACAGAUGCCUCACAGACUAACACAGGAGACCUAUGUUGUCAGGGAAGUUGUUCUUGCUGCAAUGUUAGCCAUUUGUUGUCUGAAAAACACUGUCAUGUGCCUGGUAUGUAGUUGAUGAUCCAGAACCACUGUGGACCUAUCAAAUCGCCCCUAGUGCAACAGAAGUCUCUCCUACUACUUCUCUGCCUAACUAGCUUACUACAAAUUCAAAUCUCUUAUGAGUAUAUUAAAUGGUCAGCAUCCAAAACAUCUGGAACCCCAAAUGCAAGGGAGUCUAAAAGUGAUUUUUAAAAUAUUUUAUUUCUGAUAAUAACCAAAGUUUAUAUUUAUGAAUAUAAAUUACGUACAUGGUAAAAAUAUUCAGGCUAUAGAAAAAGUGGUCUGAAUCUUCAAAUAAUCCUUUUUCAUUCUUACUCUGUUUAUUAUGUUGCUUUCUGUUUUACUGAGAAAGUUAGCAGGUGAGAAUUCCUCAAUCUCGUGUCACUACCACUACCUAUACACCUCCAUCUGGGACUAAGUUUCCUUUAACUUCUCCUGAGACUGGGUGACCUGAUCCUGCAUCUACAGAAGUAAACCCUUCUUCCUGUGUACCAGGUUCCGCCCCCUCCUCUCUACUAAAGGCAAUGACUCUGGCAACUAACUCUUCUUUCUCUCAUCUAUAACAUGAACUCUGUCCUCCCUAUUGAGUGUAACAUUUAGGAGGUAGCCACAGUUCUUCCCUCCUAAAUAAAACCUUCUUGCCACCUUU